GGGGAAGAAGGACGAGAACUUUGACAACUGGGAGGCCAAUGUCAAUAGUUACAUUUAUUUACAACAUAUCCUGAUGGAGGAGCAAGUCCUCGUGGCCUUCCAGGCCCUGAAGGACGAAGCGGCUAGCUUCGCCAGGUCUCUUGCGCGUACAGUCGGUUGUGAAAACAACCUGGUUGCAUAUUCUAAAGUCACCCCUCUUUCCCAAUUGCUCAGGCUCCUCAAGGAGCGUUUCGCUGACCCAACGAGAGGCAUAAGAGCCUUUGACAAGCUUCAAACGAUCCACUCACGGCAGUGGAGGAGUGCCAAGGCACUCAAGGGUACCAUGGACGACUUGGUAGCCGUCCCGGACCAUGGGGUCACUGAGCCCCAGUUGGUUCAGUUGUUUUAUCGUGCCAUUCCAGAGGCCCUACGUGGGCAUUUCUUUGACAAGUCUCAGCAGGCCGGCAUCACAUACGAUCAGUUGAGUCGCGAAGUCGUCUUGUAUGAGUCGAAGUCUACGCCAGUUACCACUUUCUGGCAUAAGGACUUAGAGAAGGGGAAGAAGUGGAAGAAUCAUACCAUCUCAGGCCAAGGAAAGGGCAAGGAUCACAUGAUCCUGACAUUAGAAGAAGGUGGUACCGAUGAGGUCCCAUAUGACCAGAUUGAGUGGGGCCUUGAAGAUGAUGGCAGUAGUGUAGGGCAGGGGAGGUCUUACGCUGCUCUCGCAGCUGGAGGGAGGCCGCAAGGAGGAGGAGGAGGCCAGGGCCAAAGGGGCCAGGCCAUGGGAGGCCGAGGAUCGGGCGCACAGGGGGUUGGCGGACAGGGAAACCGCCAAGCGGGAGGUAGGGGUCAAGGUCCCCCGUCAAAUCGCCAGGGUAAUCGGUCCCCACAACGAAGAGGUGGAAGGGCACCUCAAGGAGGUUGGCACCGCGGCUUGCCACAGGGCAGGCCCUGGGAAGACUUGGGCUUGGACCGACAAUUAUGGCAGGAACGCGUGAACAUGGGUCAGUGCGUAUUUUGUGGUGACCCGACGCACGCGUACUUUCGCCUAGAGAUGGAUGGGAAGGUGGAGAAAGUUCUCCAGUCCCUGACUCUUCUCAUACAAGAUGACCUUCCUUUUGAUAUAGUGUUGGGAAUGGAUUGGGGAGAGGCAGCAGGGGCCACACUUCAUUUGAGAGAGCAUGAAUGUAGGCUCCCUAAUCCGGCGGGCGAAGUUAAGACUGCCCGCUUGUUCCAUGUGUCUGGUGUAGAUAACAUCUUGACACAUUGUUGUCUCAGUGCUCCCACAUUCGCGCGAUUAGUAAAGGAGCAGUUAGAAGACCAGAUCUUUGUAGUAUACGUCAGACCUGUUACUGAGGCCCAGGAAAAGGAUAGUUCCACAGAUCCAACAAUUGCCAAGCUGCUGGAAGAAUUCAAAGACUUGACUGAGUCGCCGACAGGAGUAGUGUCGCGCCCCAUCCAGCACAGGAAAGAGAUAGAGCCUGGCAGUAGAACUCCUAAGGGUGCAGUCUACAAGAUGUCCCCUAGACAGUUAGAGGAGCUCCGCAAGCAGUUAGACGAACUCCUUGAGAAAGGUUGGAUCAGGCCCAGUUCGUCUCCUUUUGGAGCACCCGUUUUGUUUGUCCCCAAGAAGGAAGGAGAGCUUCGUAUGUGUAUAGACUAUAGGGGUUUGAACGCGAUCACAGUGAAGAAUGCUGAGCCGCUGCCCAGGAUAGACGAUCUUUUAGAUCGAGUGCAGGGUUGUAAGUAUUUCUCUAAGAUAGACUUAAAGUCCGGAUACCAUCAGAUAGAAGUCCAUCCUGAUGAUCAGUACAAGACUGCAUUCCGGACUAGAUAUGGACAUUACGAGUUUAUAGUGAUGCCCUUUGGACUGACCAACGCGCCAGCUACUUUUCAGCGUUGUAUGAAUGACCUGUUUAGACCAUGGUUAGAUAAAUUUGUAGUAGUCUACUURGAUGAUAUCCUAGUCUUUAGUGAGACCCUCCAGGAGCACCAGGGUCAUCUGAGGCAGGUCUUGGAGAAGCUUAGAGAGGCUAACUUCAAGAUCAAUGCGAAGGAGUGCGAGUGGGCCAAGACGCAAGUCUUAUACUUGGGCCACGUGUUGGACGGAGAUGGCAUUAAGCUAGAGGACAGCAAGAUCGCGGCGAUUAGAGAUUGGUCGACGCCCCGCACAUUGACAGAGUUGCGGUCGUUCGUAGGCUUAACUAACUACUAUAGGAAGUUCGUAAGGAACUUUUCUACUUUCGUCGCUCCCUUGCGCAGGUUGCUGAAGAAAGAGGCAAUCUGGCAAUGGGACAAAGACUGUACGUCUGCGCUCAAGAAGCUAAAGCGCGCGUUAAUAGAAUAUCCUGUCCUCAAAGUUGCAGAUCCGUCUUUGCCAUUUGUUGUCACCACGGACGCGAGUCAGUAUGGGAUAGGCGCCGUGUUGCAGCAAGACGACAGCAAUGGCUAUAGACCCGUAGAGUUCAUGUCCGCGAGGAUGCCCUGUGAGAAGGUCGCUACCUCCACGUACGAGAGGGAACUCUACGCUCUCAGGCAGGCUUUAGACCAUUGGAAGCACUAUCUGCUUGGGAGACACUUCAAAGUGUAUUCGGACCACGAAACGGUUAGAUGGUUAAAGACUCAGGCCAAGAUGACACCUAAGUUGACUAGGUGGGCCGCAGAGAUAGACCAAUUCGACUUUGAGCUCAAGCCAGUGAAGGGCAAGUACAACGUAGUUGCGGAUGCUCUGAGUAGGAAAUCAGACUACUUUGGAGCUGUAGUACACUAUCUGGAUAUAGGGAGAGACCUGCAGGAGAAGUGCGGUUCGACGGUGUGUGAAGCUUAUGGGCUGCCAUUGUCGACUACUGUGGCGGACAGAAUUGUUGUCGCGGGAGUCGACACAAAAACGGUUUAGAUGAACUCCCACCAGUAAAAUCAAUGCAGUCGC